AAGGACCAGUCGUGGGGAGUGCUUACAUGCAGAUAUGCUAUUCCUGCAGCGUUGUUCUUCAGUUGCCACGUCACCUCCUCUCCCCUCCAGCUCAGCUAUUACCGGUAAGCUUUGCUCAGAAAAGGAAAGGCCCAUCAGUAUAAUAAGGCCCAAAUUGACAACAAUAGAAGAACCCAAAAGGAAGAAAAAGAAAGAAAGAGAGAGAAGAAUCGAAAAAUCCCUUUGGGAAACCCUUAAAAUUUAUUCCCGACCAAAUUCGACGAGGGCCGGCUGAGCUGAAGAUGAUGAUGCGGUUCCUACGAAGCACCGUUGCUAACAAGUCUUGUCGCAUGGGGGGGAGGUUGGAGUAUCGUGGUUUUUCAUCCGCCGCCGUCGCCGAUGUGACUACCACCACCAUGGGCAAGAAAAUUGUUGAAUAUUUCUAUAAAGUUGCUUUUUUGGGUGGUGGAUACGUGUUGGGUGGUCUGACAUCACCCCCCGUCGCAAAGCGAGUUCAAGAAGUUGAAGAGGUGAUUAGAUUAGAGCCUCAUCAGUGACGGGAAAUUUCUGGAUGAACAAGAAGCCAAGAUUAAGGGACUUCCUAUCUAUCCAUUACCUUAACUAAUAAAUUAUUAUAAGACAAAACAAGACGAAGACUAUUUGGUUAUUUGGUUUUGUUGUCAUUUGUGUAUUAUGCCAUUUUGCUAAAUGGUCGUUGUCCAAAUAUUACUAGUAAUGUUGUGAUGAAUCUUGAGGAUUGGUAACAUUGAUAAAGAUGUUCUUUUUUACCAACAAAAUAUCUUUUGAUUCAUCUUUGACAAA